UCAGUUUUAAAUUUUUAAUGUUUUGGAAGCUUCUCAACGCUCCAUAGCAACAAUGGCUUCAAUCUUGAUCAAGCGUUGCAAAACCCUAAGGCAGAUCUCAGUGGCACGUUUCAGCCACCGCAUACAACCGCCACAGCCGCCGGCGCCACUGUCUCCAGGGUUUCAUCAGCGCCGUCACAAAUCCGACAAAUACUCCGGAGACACCUACGAUCACAUUAGGGCUGACGUCAACUGCCCCCGAUGCUCCAGCCAGAUGUCCAUUCUCUUCUCCAACCGCCCACUCUCCAUCACCGCCGCGGAGCCUCCGGGAGUAUACCAGGCCUUGAAUCUUUGCCCUAAUUGCCGCACGGCAUUCUACUUCCGGCCAUUCAAGCUCGCCCCGCUGCAGGGGAGCUUCAUCGAGAUUGGAAGGUUUAAGGAUAAAGACGGCGGCGGCGGCGGCGGCGGGGGAGGUGGCGGCGGCGGCAGGGGCGUGCCGAUAUGGGAGAAGUUGAGGUUGUAUGGAGGCGGAGAAGGUGGAGAAGGGGAGGCGGGAGUGAGGGAUGAGGGGGUUGUGGUGGUUGGCGGUGGUGCCCCCGGCGGUGGGAGUGGGUGGGGCGGGGCGAAUUUGGGGAGGGAGUUGCCGACACCCAAGGAGAUUUGUAAGGGACUUGAUGAGUUCGUAAUUGGACAGGAACAAGCCAAGAAGGUGCUUUCCGUGGCGGUUUAUAACCAUUACAAAAGGAUACAUCAUGCCUCCUUGCAGAAAGAGUCAGGUGCAGAAUCAACCAAGGCUGAGAUUGAUAAUGACGAUAAUGAUAGUGUUGAGCUAGAGAAAAGUAAUGUGCUAUUAUUGGGUCCCACUGGCUCAGGGAAGACAUUACUUGCAAAAACACUAGCUCGUGUUGUGAAUGUGCCAUUUGUCAUUGCUGAUGCGACGACGUUAACACAGGCAGGUUAUGUUGGAGAAGAUGUGGAAUCAAUAUUGCAUAAACUACUUAUGGUUGCUGAGUUCAAUGUGGAAGCAGCUCAGCAAGGGAUUGUGUACAUUGAUGAAGUCGAUAAGAUAACUAAGAAGGCUGAGAGCUUAAACACCGGCAGAGACGUAUCUGGAGAGGGCGUUCAACAGGCAUUGCUGAAAAUGCUUGAAGGAACUAUAGUGAAUGUCCCUGAUAAAGGAGGUAGGAAGCAUCCUCGUGGUGAUAACAUUCAGAUAGAUACAAAAGAUAUCCUUUUUAUUUGUGGUGGAGCAUUUGUUGAUUUGGAAAAGACCAUUUCAGAAAGGCGACAAGAUUCUUCCAUUGGAUUUGGAGCACCAGUUCGUGCGAACAUGAGAACUGGUGGACUAACUGAUGCUGUAGUGACAUCAUCAUUAUUAGAAUCUGUUGAAAGUGGUGAUCUCAUCGCUUAUGGCUUAAUACCUGAAUUUAUUGGACGGUUUCCAAUUUUAGUGAGUUUAUCGGCUUUAAACGAGGAUCAACUUGUUCAGGUCCUCACAGAGCCGAAAAAUGCUCUUGGUAAACAGUACAAGAAAAUGCUCAGCAUGAACAAUGUCAAGUUACAUUUUACUGAGAAUGCACUGAGGUUGAUCGCAAAGAAAGCAAUUGCAAAGAACACUGGUGCCCGAAGUUUAAGAGCCAUAUUAGAAAAGAUUUUAACGGAAGCCAUGUUUGAGAUUCCAGACGUGAAGACAGGAACAGAUAUGGUGGAUGCAGUUUUGGUUGAUGAAGAGGCUGUUGAGUCGAUAGAAGAACAGGGGUGUGGGGCAAAAGUACUUCGUGGAGAGGGUGCAUUGGAGCAAUUUCUUCAUGAAACAAAAUCCAGCAAUCCCUUGGGAAGAGAUGAGAUGACAAAGGAGUUGUUGCAGAGAGAAAUGGAGGUUUCAUCAAGAGCCAUGAGCUUCUAACUUCCCUACUUUUCUCUUCUUUUUUUCCGUCACAUAUUCGUUUUAUAUCAUAUGUAAAACUUCCAAUUAUAUAAAAAUUAUAGUUGCAACUCGCAA